AUGGGUUCGAUUCGUCCGGAUCUGAGAGGAAGAAUCUUCCCGGAGCCCAUCGACCAUUUCGACCGGCUGCCGGACUCCAUAAUCCUCCUGAUCUUCAACCAGAUCGGCGAUGUCAAGGCCCUCGGCCGCUGCUGCGUCGUUUCGAGGCGAUUCCACGAUCUCGUUCACCAGGUCGACAACGUCGUGGUCCGAGUGGACUGCGUCAUCUCAGACGACGACCCAUCGGCGACCUCCUCGUCCGCCGCCGCCUCCGGAGGCUCCGACAGGUCGCGCCACCCGAUAUCCUCCCUCUUCCGCGUCCUCUUCUCCGGACUCCUCAAGCCCUUGCAGUCCCUGACACAGCUAAUCGCCCAUUCGCCCCGCAGCGUGACUCUGCCUGAGGAUUUCGACUGCGAGGCGGAGCCGAGCAGCAGCGUCACCCACCAUUCGCCUACUCAGGUAUUGAAGAAUUUCAACGAGAUCAAGCUUCUCAGAAUAGAGCUCCCGAGUGGAGAAUUAGGUAUUGAUGACGGUGUUUUGCUUAAGUGGAAGGCUAACUUUGGUUCGACUCUUGAUAGCUGCAUUAUUCUUGGAGCCUCCAGUGUGGUUCAGAACAUGGGUAUGGAUUUUGAGUCUAUGAGUAAUUGUAAUAGUAAUGACUGUGUUAACAACAACAACAACAACAACAAUAUUAACAAUGGGGUAGAAGAUGAUAAUGGGAGCAUACCCGAAUCGUUUUACACAAACGGAGGGUUAAAAUUGCGAGUUGUAUGGACUAUAAGCUCCUUAAUAGCUGCCUCAGCUAGGCAUUAUCUGCUGCAGCCAAUUAUAGCUGAGCACAAGACAUUGGAGAAUUUGGUAUUAACAGAUGCUGAUGGGCAGGGGGUUUUGUCUAUGAACAAAGAGCAAUUGGAAGAGCUUAGAGUGAAGCCCUUAUCAGCAUCUUCAGCAUCGAAAAGGACUCUUGUGCCGGCUUUGAAUAUGCGGUUGUGGUAUGCAUCCCAUCUCGAGUUGCCGAACGGUUUGGUAUUAAAAGGGGCUACUUUGGUUGCGAUUAGGCCCAGCGAGCAGCCCAAGAAGGAGUUGGUGGGCUCAGAGGGGAAUUGGGUUGCAUCGGUCUUUGAGGAGCCAUUUGGGACUGCUGUGAGGAUGUUGGUGAAGAGGAGGACUUAUUGCCUUGAAAUGAACUCCUUCUGA